AUGGGUUUGAUUCCCCGUACAGCUGUCACAGGUGGAGCCAACGGUCUUUGUACCACCCCAGCAUGUAUCAAUGUCGCAGACAACAUCCUGGGAGGCAUGGCUUUGAAUCACCAAGCCAUCGAUCCAUGCACUAACUUCGGUGAUUUGGUCUGCGGUAGCUUCGCAUCACAGAACCCAAUCGGACCAGGCAUGCCGUCAGUAAAUAGCCUCAGUGUCGUUGAGGCUAGCACCUAUGCAACUGUACGCAACAUUCUGGAGAAGCCAUACCCGUCCGAAAGUUGGAUCACCGUCAACUUCACCAAGGAGGAAACUGCCAUUGACAAAGAGAACUUUGCCAAGCUUCAGGGUGCUUAUGAUGUUUGUAUGAACUUCACUGCACUUGAGGAGCAGGGCUUGGCUCAGCUUCGCAAUGUGGCCAAGACUGUCGCUGAGAAGUUCCCUGCUACUCCGAUGUAUGGUCGUGGUGUAAACAUGACUUAUGAUCAUGCCGCGUCCAUGGGCGAGACUUUGACUUUCUUUGAGAGCCUUGGUAUCGAGACCACACAAAGAUUCGUGCACAAGCAGCAACCCUCAGAUCCCAGCAAGGUGAUUAUCGGGUUAUUGAACCCCGCUAAGAAUGGUAACCCUACCGAUGUGGAGGUCUUGCCAGAGUGGUUGCUUCAUGCAAGUGACCUACUUCGUGCUGUUCACCCAGCCAACUUGACCAAGUCAAAGUCGUUUUCUUUGAUGGAGUCAGUCGUGUCUUUUCAAGCCCAACUAUCUCUCAAAGAAGGCGAGCAACCGGAUACAGCAACGAAUGCGACCGAUAUCUUCUUGUCCUUGUCAGAACUUCAGAAACUGGCUCCACAGCUCAAUUUCAAGUAUGUCAUCGAGCAACUGGCCCCCAAGAGCAUCGACACUCCAAUGGUAUAUAUGGAAUCCGUAGCCAUCUGGCCUCGUAUUUCAAAGACCAUCUCAAAGACAUCGCCAGAGGUCCUUCAAGCAUUUUUUGUAUGGAGAUCCAUCACUGCUCUUUCAGACUAUGUCGAGUCCCCCGAAACAGAGGCCUGGUAUAGGUUCCAAUUAAAGCAGAUGAAUACAGAUCACGCAAGCCCUGCACCUCGAUGGUCCAAGUGUGUUACGUUCCUUGAUUCCGGUGUUAAAUGGGCAGCCGACGUCGAGGGCAUUGGUCUUACAGGUCUGUCAUGGAUCCUAGGCCGAUUCUUUGCGGAUAAGAAUGUCACGCCCGAGAUGAAAAUUUUCACUUCGGAAAUCAUUGCAAGUCUGGAAGAAGCCUUCAUCUCUCGCGUUCAAACCAGGGAAUGGGCAACAGAUGCGGUUAAACAAGCUGCCAUUGAGAAAGUCCGUGCUAUGGGCAUAAAGAUUGGCUUGCCAACAAGCCCUCUGGCAACUGAUCCGAAAGCCUUGAAGGAAUUCUAUUCCGAUGUGACCAUUACCAAGUCGCACGUACUCAAUGCUUUGACGUUUGCAAGGUCUCGAAUCCACAAGAAUUGGGAGUCACUAGGAAGGCCCUUUGAUAAAGGCCAAAUCUUUCGCCCCAAUCUCGCAGCCAACGCAUAUCACAGCCCUCAGGAGAACGCAAUGGUUAUCCAAUCCGGCAUCAUGCAAGCUCCACUGUUUAGCCCUGAGCACCCAGCUUACCUUGCCUUUGGCGGUAUGGGCAGUAUUGUUGGGCAUGAGAUCACCCACGGGUUCGACGGCACUGGCCACACAUUCGACAAGAACGGUAACCACAGCAGUUGGUUCGACGAAGAGUCUUCUGAGGGCUUUGCACAGGCUUCUCAGUGCUUCAUCAAGCAAUACAGCAACUUUACAGUGACCGAUCCGGAUGGUGAAGAAAAGAAGGUGGAUGGAGAGUUAACCAUGGAUGAAAAUAUUGCUGACGCUGGUGGUAUUCUCGCAGCCUACGCAGCUUGGAAGCAAUACGAAGCCCAGCACGGCAGAAGUAUGGAUCUCCCUGGACUGGCAAGUUACACCCACGAACAGUUGUUCUUCAUCAAAUAUGGACAGAACUGGUGUGAGAAUCUCGGUGCAAACGGCCAGCACGAUGUGGAAGAUACCCACGCUCCGAACGCAGCGAGGGUAGCUUUGACGGUCGAGAAUAGUGUUGACUUCCAGAAGGCUUUCAAUUGUCCUCGCCAGAAGCCUACCUGUGAGCUUUGGUAG